ACGCGCAAAACCGUCUGAGUGUCCUCUUCAAAAGGGUCCGGAGGGAAACGUCGCCACCGUGGCAAAGGACCGGGCAACAACUUGAUUUCCCGUGCGGAUGCUGGGGCCAUAAGGCGCCUGGCGGUCGGCUGGUUGUGGAUCGCAGGAGGAAGACACUGGGGCCGCCUUCCAUCCGCUGCUACCAUGAUUCCGGUGUCGCUGGUAGUGGUGGUGGUGGGUGGCUGGACUGCCAUCUACCUGGCCGACUUGGUGUUGAAGUCAUCUGUGUAUUUUAAACAUUCUUAUGAAGACUGGCUGGAAAACAAUGGAUUGAGCAUCUCUCCUUUUCAUAUAAGAUGGCAAACUUCAGUUUUUAAUCGUGCCUUUUACAGUUGGGGACGGCGGAAAGCAAGGAUGCUUUACCAAUGGUUCAAUUUCGGAAUGGUGUUUGGCGUGAUUGCCAUGUUCAGCUCUUUCUUUCUCCUUGGAAAAACACUGAUGCAGACUUUGGCACAAAUGAUGGCUGACUCUCCCUCUUCUUAUUCCUCCUCUUCUGCCUCUUCCUCUUCCUCUUCUUCCUCUUCCUCUUCCUCUCUUCACAAUGAGCAGGUGUUGCAAGUUGUGGUCCCUGGUAUAAAUUUGCCUGUCAAUCAGCUGACUUACUUCUUCGCUGCGGUCCUCAUUAGUGGUGUUGUACAUGAGAUUGGACACGGUAUAGCGGCUAUUAGGGAACAAGUUCGAUUUAACGGCUUUGGAAUUUUUCUCUUCAUUAUUUAUCCUGGAGCAUUUGUUGAUCUCUUCACCACCCAUUUGCAACUUAUAUCACCAGUCCAGCAGCUAAGGAUAUUUUGUGCAGGUAUAUGGCAUAAUUUUGUCCUUGCUGUCCUUGGUGUUUUAGCUCUUGUUCUCCUCCCAGUAAUCCUCUUGCCGUUUUACUACACGGGAGUUGGGGUACUUAUCACUGAAGUCGCAGAGGACUCACCUGCCAUUGGACCCAGAGGACUUUUUGUGGGAGACCUUGUCACUCAUCUACAGGAUUGCCCUGUUACUAAUGUGCAAGAUUGGAAUGAAUGUUUAGACACCAUUGCAUAUGAACCCCAAAUCGGCUACUGUAUAAGUGCAUCAGCGUUACAACAAUUAACCUUCCCAGUUAGAGCAUACAAACGACUAGAUGGUUCUACUGAAUGCUGUAACAAUCAUAGCCUCACAGAUGUGUGCUUUUCCUACAGAAAUAAUUUUAAUAAGCGUUUGCAUACAUGUCUACCUGCUCGGAAAGCAGUUGAAGCUACUCAAGUUUGUAGAAGCAAUAAAGAUUGCAGAAGCAGCUCAAGUUCAAGCUUCUGUAUAGUACCAUCUUUGGAAACUCACACUCGAUUAAUAAAGGUGAAACAUCCACCACAAAUUGAUAUGCUGUAUGUAGGGCACCCACUGCAUCUUCACUACACAGUGAGCAUCACAAGUUUUAUCCCACGUUUCAACUUUCUAAGCAUAGAUCUGCCAGUGAUUGUGGAGACAUUUGUCAAAUACCUGAUCUCUCUUUCUGGAGCUCUGGCUAUUGUUAAUGCAGUGCCCUGCUUUGCCUUGGAUGGUCAAUGGAUUUUAAACUCUUUCCUGGAUGCUACCCUUACCUCAGUGAUUGGAGACAAUGAUGUCAAAGAUCUGAUAGGAUUUUUCAUCUUGCUUGGUGGCAGUUUACUUUUGGCUGCCAAUGUGACACUGGGACUCUGGAUGGUUACAGCACGGUAAUAUUUACUCUCCUCCGACCGAAUAUUUGGAGUACAGCUAUGUGGUAAUAUCUGUUGCCACUGAAAUUCUUACUAGGUGUGAAAUGUAAAGUGUUUCCUUAAACCAUCUUGGCCAACAUCUUUGAGCUCCUACUAUAUCUAGAAAAUGCAAACUCUGUAGUAGAGAAGGGGUGGAAAAAAUGAAAAGCAUAAUUCCUGACUACAUCAUAGUUUUAAAGAUUGAAUGUGCAAACUUUGAAUGUUUGUGGGACAAUUUGUAAAAGAAGUGAAAAUUCAUUCAUGUAAUUCCAAUUUGUGUGACUAUAUAGCAUUUGGGGAUAGUAAAAGGAACAGCAGAAUGUGGUGGGAAAAUUGUGCGUGUGUGUGUGUGUGUGUGUGUGUGUGUGUGUGUGUGUGUGUAUGUCUGUCUAUACUACUAGUGUUUGAAACCACGGCCUUACUAAUGCUACUUCUGCUAAGAGAGCUUUUGACCACUCAGCAAUAUCCUGUCCCAGGUCAAAUUUACUGAAAAGUGCCAUUAGGAUGAUGUGGUGAUACACACCUAUAAUCCCAACAUAAAAGUAUCAUGAAUUCAAGGCCAUCCAUCUUUAGCUACGUGGUGGAUUCCAGGCCAGAACUGGCUACAUAGCAAGACCCUGUUUCAAAUACAAACACACACACACACACACACACACACACACACACACACCAUUAAGGAUUUGAGGGAGACUAGACUUUGGUUAAAUGGAAAAUUGAGCAAGUGAUCUUGGUUUUAUAACUCUGUCUUUAUCUUGGUGGAAAAGAUAUUUUACAAUUUAAUGGUGUAUUAAUCUAUACUCUGAAUACCAAAGUCUAAAAACAAUUAAACCGGUCAAAUUCUAUGAAGUAUCUGUUAACAUGAAAGCAAAUCUGUGCAAGUGACACCAAAUCAAUGGGCAACGUUGAAAGUAGAGAAGGCCUGUGAUGUGAUGAAGACCAUUUGGUCACGAAAGUAUUACCGUUUUCACAGUGUAUCUCCACACUCUCACAACAUACUAGCCUUGUUCUAUAGAGUAUGCUGCAGGAGGCAUCUGCCACAGCAGCAUGUGAGCUCAGGCUGUUAGAGGUGGACUUGGGAACUAAGGUGAAUCCUCCAACAGAUCACAACACAACAGGUACUUCAGCAAACCUAGUUACUUCCUAGAGCUUUGCGGCUUGAAACUCUUCCAGGGUAGACUUAUUUUUUUCCUUUGUGCUGCAACAACAUUCAACCCUGAGCCAUACUCUGUCCUCACCAGCACCUAGUAUGUUUUAAUCUGUUGGGGGAUUAAACACCUUAUCUUUGCUUUCCAUCUCCCCCUAAGCUACCUCCUUGAGUACACAAAGAUUUGGUAGUAUAAUGAGAAUAGCUUCACAAAUGUAGAUUUCCCAGAGUCUAGAAAUAGAUGGUCUUGUGGCAUAGCAAUGCAACCCUGGGAAAUUCUGAGAGUCAACUGACUGGUGUGAACCUGUUAGUCUUAAGAAUAUACGCACAUACUGUUUCUGUCAUGAAAAAAAAUACACAUUUGAUGAAACAUGCAUAUUAAAGGUAACAAAAAGCAAUGAUUCAUUCAUUAAUAGCCAGAUAUAUACCUCCCUCCUGAAGUAAAGUACUUCCUGAGGUUACCUUUUUCAGAACAGUAGUUCUCUUAAGCGCCUAAAACUUUUAAAUCGAUUUUUAGAAAUUUUUUAGACUUUAUUACAAAUUUGUCUUCAUUCUUUAAUAGGAAUCAUACACUGAUAUUAUUUUGAGAUUUUGUUAGUGAUGGGCCAUUAGUUACUAAUAGUACUAAAAUCAUACACAUUACUAUUUUUUAUCCCAGAAAAUAUGUCAUCGUUGUCUUCUAAGGUCACUCAGGACCAAUCUGUAUUUGCAUACUAAAAAUGCACAGACCUUUUCAGGUAAAGCUUAGAGAAUGCUGUGAAAUACUCACAUAAUUAACUUGAUUGCAUGCAUUAAGCAGUUUACUAAUUAAAAUGUAUGUGUGUAAAUAUUUUUUUCAAUACUGAGGAAAACAAUUAAUGUUUGGUGUGGUACUUAUCGAGCCCAGGGCCUCAAACAUGCUAGCAAGCACUCUACCCCAUAGGCCACAAUUCUCUCCAUUAACAUCAUUUUCUGAUUGAUAGCAACAACAAAACAAAACCUCAUUUCACACUGGCUGCCGCUAAACACCUCUGUCAGCUAAUCUUAAGGUCAGGGCUUGGGAACUUCCCUCCUGGAAGUUCAACAGAUUUGUAUGAAAAUGGCUUAAGAAAGGAGAUGUUACAUAGUGUCUCUUCAGCCACACUGUGGGCUCUUCUACUUUGAGGACUGUGUCCUUCAUACUCUUUGCCUCCCUGCACAGUGCAUGAGCUAUCAGAAGUGCUUAAUGUGCUUGAAUGGAUGAUGAUUAGUGUUAUUUAUGGAUAGAAAAGCAUGCUUCUAUUUAAGUAAGUUGUAAAAAGGAUUGUUGAAUAUUUACUGUAAAUAUAUGUUAACAUUAAAAAAAAAAACUUGGAAGGUCUUUAUGUCCCUGGUGUAUUAUCAUCUUUAUGAUUUCUGUAGAGCAACUAUUAUAUUGGGAAAAAACGAAUUAUGUUGGUGACUCGAAGAGGUAUCUUUUUGUGUUGUCACUUUGUUCAACAGUAAAACUUUAUUCUCAGAGUUCCUAUUCUGCAUUGUUUACAUUUUAAGGUUUUUAUCUUAAUCAUCCACAAUUGUAGAGAAUGUUGUAUACUAUUUUUAGCAUCUCAGUUUGAAGAGACAUGCAAUUAAACUUGACUUUUUUUGUAAUUGCUUCUAGGUCAUUGUCUGUGCUAACAGCAAAUUGUAAACAUAUGCUUCAUAGCAAUGUUGCUUUUGUCAUCAUUGUAACCUUGGUAUUUAUUUAGCACCCAAAUACUAGUGGCACACAGAUAUUUUUUUCAAUGACUCUUUUGAGUGAGCUGUAAUUCAUUUGUAGGCUUUAACUUGAUAUCAAACUUGUUAUAAUUUGAUGUUUAGCAAUAAAAGAAUGAAUGUUAAAAAGCA